GAUAUUAAUGUACUGUAAGCGUAAGGAAAUUCAUUUUUGUAUCUUUAUUCAGGUACAGUUGACCCCGUGAACACUAGCCUUGGUAAAUUUAUUAUUUAGGGAGGAGUUAUUUUAAUGUGUUUCCGGCAGCCCGGAGGCAGUAAUUAAAACAGAAGGAAAGAAGCGAAUGCAGCCGUGAGGGAGAGCACGGCAUUCGCUUAACAGCAUAUGAAGUGAGAGGCAGCGGCAGACAGCGCGAGCGGACGACACGCGAGGAUCGAGCGACGCCAGCCCUCCCGCCGUCCCACCCGUUUAUCUCCAGUGCAUCUGUCCAGCAGCCCUCCGAACACUCUGCACGCAGCACGGGAGCAGCUCCGGCUCGCCGAAGCGCACAAUGGAAGCUUUCUGAUCUGAACGUGAACACAGCUACACAACAUCCCCUACCAUGGCUGUGGACGCGGCUGCCAGCUUUAGCUUCUGCAGAAAUGUCUUGGAGCACACAGUUUCAGCUGAAGACAUCAACUAUCAGCUUCCCCGGCAGACGGGGGGCAGCCUUACAUGGCAUGAUGGGAGAGGUCAAAGGAUGGCAGGUGGUAGAACUGUGAAACUGCUGCAGCAGCCAGGCACAGAAACAAUCCAGAUCAGACCAGGUGAGACCUUCACUGUUUACCAUACAAGCCCAACACUGACUAGCCUGUCAAAACCAGUGGUUCUUUGGACACAGCAAGAUGUCUGCAAAUGGCUGAAGAAGCACUGUCCUCACAACUACUUGACCUAUGUAGAGGCCUUCUCACAUCAUGCUAUUACAGGACGUGCCCUGCUGAGACUAAAUGGAGAGAAGCUGGAACGAAUGGGAAUUGUACAGGAAUCCUUACGGCAGGAGGUUCUACAGCAAGUGCUGCAACUGCAGGUUCGGGAAGAAGUGCGAAAUCUUCAGCUCCUCAGCCAAGCCUCCUAUGGAAAUCUCUCGUAGCACAUCCAUUCACUUGACAGCUCUCCUCACCUCAGCUGAUCCGGGACGCCUCCGGGAGGGAUGACAGACUCCAGAUACGAAAACUGAGAAUCAUGCCCUGCAUUGAAAAGAAGCCCUUGGCCUUUGAGGACAAGAUCGGAAUGAAAUAAACUUUGAAAAUACAGUACCUGCUAAUAGAGCUGCACCACCACACGCAUACAUACACGGGACGCAAGAGACUGUUUGCAUCGCCCUAGAACAGUCACACAUGUAGCCGAGCGUAUCAUCACCUCACCACACUUUAGGACUCCAUGCUGAUGUUGUACCAGAGUCUUAACAGUCUGAAAACAAAGACGCCGUCAGAGCGGUGACAUUGCAUUCUAGUAAUGAGGUUGCCUAUCCAGCCACAUGUAGUUCUUCUGCUUUUAUAUUUACCGAGACGUCUUGAUCUGUAAUAAACCCAGGAGACUGUAACUGAUGCUAAUAUCUUAGGGUUAAAUGAAAAAAAGAAAUAUCCUAAACUGGAGAAAGACGAAGAAAAUACUCCUGAUAUAUUUUCCAUCUCAGGUUAUUAUUUCUGAAUAUUUUGUCAUAUUGACAUUGAUUUUUGGAGAUGCUGAAAUGUUUUUUACUGCAUGGAAUCUUACAUUGUCCGUCCAGGCACUGAUCUGAUUUCUGUUUACUCUUUUUGAUUUGAUUGUCUGAAGCACUUUGGCAAGUCAUCUGCAUUCUGCCAUUGUGCGCUUGCUUCUUUCUUUCCCUUUCUUUUAUUUUGCAGUUUUUUCAUUUCUCACAAAAUGAAAAAGUAGAAAGAGUUGAAAUGUUUUUUAAAUGCAUAUGUAAAUGAAAGCAGGUUGAUAUGGAAUAAUUGUACUCCGUCGUGCCGUAUUCCCUGGUCCUUGUAAAUAUAAUAAACGUCUUCCAUUAAUCCA